UAAAUAGAAACAUUUAUUAAUAUGGCACAUCUGUUAAAAGGCUUGGCCCAGCCAGAAAUUUUAGAGUCCGUGGUCCCAUACGGCAACUUGGAUGCAACGGUUCAGGAACUGCUAUGUGCUGCAUAUGUGGUGCGCCAGCGCGCCUAUGCGCCGUAUAGCAAUUUCAAGGUAGGCUCCGCUUUCCGUGCGAAGAUCAGCAAUCAAAUCUUCACUGGCUGUAAUGUGGAGAAUGCCGCCUUUACGCCAACAGCGUGUGCGGAGCGUACGGCCCUUACCAAGGCCAUCAGUGAAGGCCAUCAGCAGUUCUCGACCGGCGCCGUGGUCGCCUAUAAGCCCGAAGUGUUCAUCUCACCAUGCGGCGUGUGUCGACAGUUUAUCAGGGAGUUUGCUGGCAACACUGAUAUACCCAUCUAUAUAGCACAGGCAUUGGAGGAGCGAACGCCCGAGCAGCCAUUCAAAAGCGAUGAUCCCGUGCUUUGCACAUCCAUUUUCAAUCUGUUGCCAAAGAGUUUCCACACCUACUGAAAGAUCUAGAUACAUUUCAAGGUUAACAUAAUCCAAAGGUUUUAGAAUUUGCUUAAUAAAUCACAUAUUGACACUAGUAAACA